UGAAUGACGUAGUGAAUGAUUUCUACAUAGAAAACAGAGAAAAAGAAAGAAGCAGAUGAUGACAGCUGAUUUAUAUAUUAUCGAGACCAGAUUGUUUUCAUUUUAAUAUUUUCAAAAAUUUAACGAAGUUAUAUCACUAGAGAAAAUGAGCGAAUUAACUCCUGAUGAGAUUCGGCGUCGAAGACUUGCUAGACUGGGAGGAAAUCCAUCUUCUGGCUCACUGGGUGAUGGCUCUCCAAGUCAGUCAUCACAGGCCAGUGGUGGAUCAAGCCAGGCCUCUGACUCUCAGUCCACCCCUUCUCGAACAAACAACACACCCCCAAGUAGUCUCAAUGUUGAUCCAGUAACUCCAGAUUCUCAAAGAAGCUUGGAUAUGGAUUCUGAGUGCUCAGAGAAAAAUUCUCAAUCACAGAUGGAUGUAGAUUCUGGUAUAGAGACAAUGGAGGUAGAUGAUCAGGAUAUGAAGUUUGAGAUAAAGAGGAGAAGGGAUACUAGUAUUGGCUCAGAAGCUACAGUAGAACAGGUGACUGAGGCCGCAGGUCGAGUGUGUCUGGUGUCCUGGAAAGAGGAGAAGGAGGAAGCAGUUUAUAUACCUGAGCUUGGAGAUUCCGUAGAUGGAGGUGACAGUAAGGAAAUGAUCAACCAGGCCUUGAUGGAAAUGCUGCUGAAAAUUCGGGAUUGUCCUGAAAACCCAGUGUUGAAGAUUCGCCCAAAUGUCUCUUAUGCUGUAUCACCAAAGAAACCAGGAUCAAGCCCAAGAGCAGUUAGCACCAUGAUGUCCCCAGAUAUGCAACCAAAGCGGGAAUUUUCUGAGAAGUAUCCGCCAGAGAAAUGUAAGGAGGUAGAAAUGAUUAACUACCUGAUGGACUGUUACGAUAGAGCUGCUCUGGAGGAAAGAUUGGCCCCUAAGAGAGCUAGUGUACCUCCACUAAGUUUGAUGUUGUCCAGUGCCAGAAGACAAUGUGUCUGCCAUACUGCAUUAGUUCUACAAGGAGCACUAACAAAACCCAGAUCUGUUGGUGGUACUUCUCUACUUCUGAACUAUCUAUUGUCUCACAACUUACCUCGAGGCUUUCUGCCAGAACUUGUACAAACCACAUGUAGUGACCCCGAUACUUUCACAAGAGUAUUUAUCCCAGUAUUACAAGGUCUAAGUCGACACAUCCACUCUAUGUCUUUGGACACGGACCAGUACAGGGAACCUUUAUCUGUUCUUUCCGAACUCUGUGAAAUCAAGAGUGGCAGCACACGGCCCAUAUGUGGUCUGGCUGUACAGCUGUUGAAUUGGAUCCCAGCCUCCAUGACCCAGGCCACGGGUAUGGAGUUAGAAAAGCUCUCCUGGCUCGGACCAUUCCUAGGUGUGUCUGUGUUUGCUGAGGACAAUACAAAAGUUGUGGAGAAGUUUUUCUCUGGUCACCAGCUGUCAGCUGAUAGCACUAAACUGAUUCAUCAGUCUCUACAGCACGGCCUGGAGUAUGUUAGGACUGAACUGUUCAAAAUCAUACAUAAUAUUCUAGUCAAUGGAUCUAGCAGAGAUCUAGCUCUGACUUACUUAGCCACAGCACUGGAAAGAAAUGCAAAGAAAUCUCAGAUACAGGUGGAUGAGAGAUAUGUUGCUGGAGAUGGAUUCAUGCUGAAUUUGUUGUCCGUCCUUCAACAAUUAUCAGUGAAAAUUACUCUUGAUAAAGUUGAUACCUACUACCCUUUUCAUCCAAACUCAAGAGUCAGCAUUAAGUCAGAGACCAGAUUAAAGGCCCUUCCACAGCAAGCUGAAAAGUGGAUCAAGGAUUUGUCCAAAGGAUCGCCCCCAUGGCAGGAUCCCAAAUUUCCCACAGAAUGCUUUUUCUUGACCUUACAUUGUCACCACCUGUCAAUCAUUCCUGCAAUCCGGAGAUAUCAGCGCCGCCUACGUGCAAUACGUGAUCUCAACAGAAUGGUGGAGGAUCUAGAAAAUUCAGAGUCACAAUGGAGUCAAUUUCCCAAUGCUGCCAGGAACAAAGAAAUGCUGAAGAAGUGGAAAUCUCAAGUUCAGAGAUUACAGAAAAGUAAAUUGUGUGCAGAUGCUGCUGUGCUAGAUGAGUCCCUACUUCGCCGUUGUUUAAAUUUCUACAGUGUAGUGUGUACAUACUUACUGAAAGUUGCAGACCCUGAGAAUAUGGGUCAAACUCUACCAUUGUCCAGAAAUGUGCCAAUGCCUUUUGGAGCUCUUCCUGAUUUCUACUUAGAAGACAUUGCUGAUUUCCUCCUCUUUAUUAUCCAAUUUUGUCCAGAUGUCCUGAAUGACCCCUGUAUGAAGCAGAUCAUACACAUGUUGAUUGUAAUGGUGUGUAACAAUGAGUACAUAGGUAACCCCUACCUGACAGCCAAGCUUGUCGAGGUGCUCUUUGUCAUGAACCCCAGCGUACAACGCAGAACAGGGACUCUCAAUGAACAGUUCUUACUCCAUCCUCUGGCUCUCAAACACCUGGUACCAGCUCUCAUGAAGUUCUACACAGAUAUUGAGACCACUGGAGCCAGCAAUGAAUUUUAUGACAAGUUUUCCAUCCGUUACCAUCUCAGUAUCAUCUUUAAGUCAAUGUGGCAGACUCCACAACACCAACUGAACAUGAUAGAGGAGGCUCAGAAUGGUAAACAGUUUGUGAAGUUUGUGAACAUGUUGAUGAAUGACACUACGUUCCUGUUGGACGAAAGUCUAGACUGUCUGAAGAGGAUCCAUGAGGUUCAGGAGGCCAUCCAGAACAUGGAGGAAUGGGAGAGGCAGCCAAAGGAACAGCAGCAGUCCAGACAGAGACAGUUGGCUAUGGAUGAGAGACAGUGUCGAUCUUACCUCACUCUGGCUACAGAGACUGUAGAUAUGUUCCAGUAUCUCACAGAGAAGAUUAAGAAACCCUUCCUCAAACCUGAACUAGCUGAACGACUGGCAGCCAUGUUGAAUUUCAAUCUCCAACAGUUGUGUGGUCCGAAGUGUAAAAAUCUCAAGGUGAAGAAUCCUGAGAAGUAUGGCUGGGAACCAAAGGAAUUGCUCAAUAGAUUGACAGACAUUUACCUACAUUUAGACUGUGAUGAAUUUGCUAAUGCCAUUGCCAAUGAUGAGAGAUCUUAUCGCCAUGAACUUUUCAAUGAUGCAAUUGCCAGAAUGCAGAAAGCUAUGAUUAAGACUAAUGUGGAGAUAGAACAGUUCCGCUUCCUUCAAGAAAAAGUUGACAAAAUUGUGGUAGAAAAGCAGAAGGCAGAGGUAGAUUAUGGAGAUAUACCUGAAGAAUUUAGAGAUCCCCUGAUGGACACCUUAAUGUCUGAUCCAGUCCUCUUGCCUAGUGGUGCCAUCAUGGAUCGACCAAUCAUAAGCCGGCAUUUACUGAACUCUCAGACUGACCCAUUUAAUAGACAACCUCUUACAGAAGAGCAGCUAAUACCAGCCAACGAUCUCAAGAAGAAAAUAGAAGCUUGGAAGCAAUCAAAAAGAAGAUAAUCCUUGACAACAGAAAUCAACACCAUCCAUGUGUUCCUUUAGUUAGUUUCAUGUCACUAGAGAAUUAGUCUGCUCUUAAAUUGUUUCCCCUCCCCCCUAAACAGUAGAUAGCUACGUUCUGUGAGUCUAACAAUGUCUGUCAGUUAAGACAUACCCGGUACAUUAAUAUUAACUGGCUGAUACGUAUAAUAGUUUAAUAUCUGAGAAAUAUUUUGAAGCAAGUUUAUUGUUAUAACAAGGGACUGUCAAACAUAGAACAUAUCAAGUUAUUAAUAUGUUUGAAAAUAAGAUUCAACAGAUUUUUUUAUUUCAUUGGUUUGGUUUUCCACAGCAUCUGAUGGAAGAUCUUGAUUAAUUUUUUUUUGGUACAAAAUAUGAAAUAUUAAUGAAAACAACUUAAAAUGGGGAAUGUAUUGUUUGAUAUUUAUGGUGGUUUAGAUUUUAAUUGCAGACCAAGAGCUUUCUAAGAAUCUACUGUGAUCUUGUUUGCAUUUGUUGACAAGUGUUUCAGUCAAAUGAACAAAUGUUGAUUGAACACUGCUCACUUUAAUAGAAUGAACAGUUUCAGUUGAUUGAGGAGACUUCACGUAAGUCUCAGCUUUGUUCCUCUCUGCGCUCGUUUAGUGAGUUGAACAUAUUAUUUGUAAUCUCUAUGUUAUACCAGUAAUCAUUAUUAUCCAAUUUCUUACCGUGUGAGAAAAAAAUAUAAUACAGAUGGUUCUUAGUGAAACCUCAGAUAACUGCUUCUGAUUUUAAUGUGAUUAUCCUGUUCCAUGUUAGAAUUUUUUUGUGUGGUCAACUUGAUGUCUGUACCUCAAACAUUUUGUUUACUGCUUUAUGACUUCUGUAUUGCUUUGUUUGAAGUGGCUUGUAUUUCCCCAUGUUUACAGAGAUACUAUAGACCUUGCAUGACAUGUUUUAUGGUGAAAAUAUAAACCUCACACUUUUUGUACACCAUUUGAAGUUUCUUUCACGAAGAAUCUCCAUGAUAAGAGAGGCGGUACUAUUGACAUCUCCACAUUGCCGCUAUAUACAGUUGAUGCAGGUAGAGGUAACAUUGUCCAACCCAUUAUUUUGUUUUGAUGUGAUAAAUGAGAAAAUGUCCAAAACUUCAUUUUGUUUUGAUGUGUUAAAUGAGAAAAUGUCCAAAACUUGAAGUUCUAAAAUAUACCAUUUGUUCCCAUCUUGAAUGCAUUUAAAUUGUGUCAUGUGUGUUUUUUUUAUUUACCAUGUGUGAAGUUGUACCAUCAAUAUCAGGAACCUAAACAGUUACAAACAUAUCAGUGUUACUAGUCAUCUCGCGGCAUAAAACUAGCGUUUGUUAUAUAGAAGAAAAUUGUUAAUGCUUUCGUGAGGGCAUAAUUGCAGAACUUUUUUUAUCAUGUGUUGUAAAUGUAUGUGCUUGUGCUUCUGGGUCAAAUUUUCUUAAGUUUUUGUUCCUGAUACAGUCUGUUGCAAAUUAUCUUCCGUUGCUUUUCAUUUCCUACAUCAAGUAGAAAUCCUUUUACCAAAUAAAACUUAAUUUGAGAGAUCUUAGGAAAGAAAAAAAUCUAACGAUUGAUAUAAAAUUUAAUAAGGUAUAUUCCUUGAGUCUUAAACUAAGAAACUUAUUCCGACAUUUAAGGUUUUUUUGAUGCAUGAUUGUGUAUUAAUGUAUAUACAUGUAGUGAGGCUCUGAGACAACAUUGCUUUGCUCAUGACCAUUAAGUUUUCUGACAAGCUUGUGUGUGUGUGUGCUAUAACCAUUCUGUGAUUGUUUACGUUUUCAUCUUUUUGUGAUUUGUUAUUUAUACAUGAAAAUACUGUUGUAUGUACAAAGGAAUUUUCUGGGACAAAGACUGGGAAAAAAGUUUGAUGUUGAUAAAUUGUAAAUGGCUGCAAUAAAGUAAUUAAGAGAAUUAA